AAGAGCUCUAAUUGUUCUCUCUUUUUACUACUCUCUCGCUUAAUAAGUUAAUCAAAGAGCAAAAAGAAAACAUGAAGAGCAAUAUGCAGUUAAUCUCUACACUCAUCUUCGUAAUCCUACUUUUUCUCGGACCAAGUAUGAUGAAGACGGUUGAAGGACAAGAUCCACAGUUGUGCGAAACCAAGAGCUUAUACUUCAGGGGAAUGUGUACGAAAUGGGCGAACUGCAAGCGAGUGUGUAUCAGCGAAGGUUUCCCUGAUGGUCGAUGCAAAGGAUUCAUCAGAGAUUGUGUUUGCAGGAAGCCUUGUGCUCUCUCUACCUAAACUAUUACUAUUAUGAAUAACUUUACUUUGCUUAAAAGCCAUUAAUAAGCUCUCUCUCUAUAUCA